AUGUGCAAAUAUUCAGAAAACUCUAAUUUUACUUCUGAUGAGGAGGAGAAUGAUAAGAUUGUUAUUGAGAUCGAAGAUGAUGACAAAACUGAUGAAGUUGAAGAUGAGGCUGAUGAUGAAACAAAUAAAGAUGAUGACGAAACUGAAGACGAAGAUGAUGAUGUAACUGAAGAAGAUGAAUAUGAAGCUGAUGAUGAAACUGAAGAAGAUGAAUAUGAAGCUGAUGAUGAAACAGAUGAAGAUGAUGAACAUGAUCAACCCAUGAAAAUUAGCAGCAACAAUGACAGAAGAUUUAAAGGUC